AUGUUAGUGGAUCGUAGCAGAACCGCGCCAUAUUCAUACCAGGGGCGAUAUUUAGCCCAGAAAUUGAGACUUUGUAGAGGAUACUACUGUCUCACUUCACCCCUACUAUAUACCAGCCCGAGAGUUUCGAUCAUCGUUUAUACACAGGGACUAGAAUAUUCGGGAUCUCUUCUCUCUUUGUUGUGUAUCGAGUUCAGUGUCGAGAGGUAUGGUGAAGUCAUAAACAUCAAUCUGCUCCGACAUGCUGAUACUGGCAAAUCGAGAGGAUUCUGCUUUUUGUGCUAUCAAGACCAGCGUAGUACCGUGCUUGCCGUCGAUAACCUUAAUGGUAUCACGUGUAAUUUCGUGGGUCUUUUGCAGCUGCUGAAGCGUCAGAUUCGGGUUGACCAUGUGGAACAGUACAAAGUGCCUAAAUAUAAGGAGAACGCUGACGAAGAAACUAAACGCUUAUGGGAAGAAGGAUGUGCUCCUAAACCUAUUCGUAGAGCUGAAGUAGAGAAACUGCCCAAAGAGCCAGAAGAAGACAUGGAAGAGAAAGUGAAAGAAAAAGUUCUGUCUUUGAAGGAAGACGAGGAACUCAAAGAGUUGAAGAGAAAAAUCAAGGAGGAUAAAAAGAGAAAGAAGAAGGAGAAGAGAGAGGCUAAAAAAGAGAAGAAGAAGUUGAAGAAAUUGUUGAAGAGCGACGAGAAAAAUCUCGAGAAAGAUUGGAAAGAUCAGAGCAAGCUGUUCGACAAGACAGUCAAG